AUGACGUUUGCUCUUAAGUAUUUUGUUAUUCUUCUUCUUCUGUCUAUGGUCACUCAAGGAUUGUGUGGCUGUUCUUUUGCUAACAUUCAAAUCGGAGGGGCGAGGACAGGGAGAGAAAUCUCCGGAAAACCGGAGUGGAAAAUCUCAGUGAUCAACACGUGCGCCCAACCACAGUUGCACGUGACUCUCUCUUGCGGAGGUUUUGCUCCCGUGAAGCCUGUCGAACCAUGGCUACUGCUCCAAAGAGGAAACACGUGUCUUUUGAUUAAUGGAAAUGCUAUAGCAGCUGGCGGCACGGCUCAGUUCACUUAUGCCGGGGAGCCUUACUGGUUCAGACCCGUAAGCUCCAGGGUCGGUGGUUAA